ACGAUCUUCAAAUAGGGUAGAGUGGGGUUAACUGAACAGGUAGGUUAACUGAACACAUCGAUGUUCCUGCCAUCUAGUAAUGAUAAAUUAAACUUGAUUUUGCCUGAAAGCGUCUUUUGUUACGUGUGUUGACACUGUUCGGUGCAGAUUUCUUUUAAGACGGUUCUAAUCUCGUAAAUCAGCAAACAUAUUUUUAAUGGCCGCCACGUAAAAUUUGUGCUCCCAAGUUUUUUUGUGUUACAGUUAGCAAAAUAGAGUUUUAAAAUUGGUGUGACGUAUAUUUUGUUCCAAAUAUGCCAAGAAAAAGACUACGUACUACCAAUAACAGAUCAUAUAGUGUAGCAAAUCUUAGACAAGCAUGUGAAGAAGUCCUGACACAUGGUCGAACAACUCGAAGUGUUGCACUUCAGUUUAAAAUCUCAAGAAUUACUUUAAAAAGCUUACGAGUUUGCGGUCGCCAAUGGCAAAACCAUAAAAGAAAGUUGGUUCCGAGAAGCAAUGGCAGGCAAAGAGUGGAUGUUUAGAUUUAUGAACAGGCAUAACUUUUCGUUGAGGACGCCAGAACAAACAAGCUUAAGUAGGGCAACCAGUUUAAAUAAGACAAAUGUGGAGGCAUUUUUGGGUGGAGCUUCGCCUUCUGGAUGGAUGAACAGUCAGUUGUUUCUCCCACUUAGGUAUUGCAGCACUAAAUUUUGCUAAGCAAAACGGUAUACUCCUUUUGACAUUGCCACCCCAUUGCAGACACAAGCUGCAACCAUUGGAUUUAGCAGUAUUUGGGCCAUUUAAAAAAUAUUAUGGUGCAAGUUGUGACAGAUGGAUGGUAAAUCAUGCCGGAAAACCUAUCACUGUUUAUGACAUCGGAAGUCUGGUUGGAGAGGCUUUUUUGCAAGCGUUUACUCCAAAAAAUAUAUGCAGUGGAUUUCGUGCAGCAGGAAUAGAGCCGUUUAAUGACCAAAUAUUUUCGGAUGAAUUAUUUCUUUCGUCAUAUGUUACAGAUAGACCAGGGAAAACAUCAGAGGAAGAGGCACCACAAGCUGGGUCGUCACAAGAUAAUACAUCACUGCCUAAACCGAUUCAACAUGGCAUGACAGAUCCUGUUCUGUCACAAUUUCAGCUCUCAAAAUAUCAAGAAUCACAAGCCGGACGAUCACAAGCUGAAUCGUCGAGCACUGCUAAACUACAAACUGAAAAAUCACAAACCAAACCGACUUUAUCUUCAAUUCAGAUAAAAAAGCCGACAUUACAAAUUAUAACUCCUGAACAGAUCCGUCCUCUCCCCAAAGCUGGGAACGAAAGUCUACAAUUCGACGAAAGAAAGGAAAAUCCCUGAUUUUGACAGACACUCCUGUCAAAGAGAACAUAGAGGAAGAAGCAAGACUUCGAGAAGAAAAAGCACACAAAAAAACAAAACAACUAACAAGAAAAAAGAGGCAGUAAAAAGACGUAUUCUAGAAGACAGCUCUUCUGAUGAUGGAAGUGUUAUCUAUGAAGAAAGCUCGGAUUCUUUAGAAGAAUUUGAUGCAUAUGACGAUAGUCCACAAGCUGUGACAAAAGGCGAUUUUGUAAUCGUGAAAGUGUAUGGGCAAAAUAAAUUAAAUUUCAGACAUUAUGUUGGUGAAAUUAUUCAUGCUGUAAAUGAUGGUUUUGAGGUUACUUUUUUGAAACGCCACAAAGAAACAAAAUAUUUUUUUAAAAAUAAUGAAAAUGGCUUUGUUGUAAAAGCUGAUAUUGUUUGUAAGUUACCCAUGCCAGCCAAAAGUAACACCGCUAGAUAUGCCAACAUGGUGUCAUUUCAAGUUGAUUUAAAUGAAUUUGACUUUACAGUUUAUUAAAAUUACCUACAAUAUUUUCAUACAUGUUCAGUAUGUUUGACUUUACAGUUUAUUAAAAGUAUCUAUAAUAUUUUAAUGUAUCUUCA